AUGGAAGACGUUGAUUUCAGCGAAUUGAAGGAGCAGGACAGGCAGUUGAGGAGGACGAUUAAAUCCAUAGCUACUUUUGUCAGCGAGUUCCAACGAGGCCAACAUGAAAUCGAGGUUGAAGUGCGGUUGGAAACGUUGGAAAAUGCCAUGCGUAAGUUUUACGAGGUGCAGAGGAGGAUGAAAGUCAUUCUCGAUGAUGAAGAAAUAGAAAGGAAUCCAGACACCAAGGAAACCGAAACUGAACGCAAACGUCGUAUCAAAGCUCACACUUCUCGUCGUGAAGCGGAAUUCGACGAAACGGCUAACGAAGUCGAAAAAUUGUACUAUCCUACGAAGGCUGCGUUACUGAAUUUUCGACCAAACGGAAAAAACACGAUGGAACCAAAAGAUGGAUUUGACACGACUAUGUCUAGGGUCAAACUUCCUGAUAUUCAGCUACCGAGCUUCGGAGGAAGGUUACGAGAAUGGGUGACGUUCCGCGACAUGUUUGUAAGCCUCAUUAACAACAACAGCCAGCUUUCUCCGAUCGACAAGUUCUCGUAUUUGCGAUCGUCGGUAACGGAUGAAGCCCUUCAGGAAAUCAGUUCGAUCGAAAUGACCGCAGCUAACUUCCAAGUCGCAUGGAACGCACUCGAGAAAAGAUACGAGAACAGAAAACUGAUUGUAAAGGCCCACUUGGAUGCACUCUUUGCAAUUGAGCCGAUGCGAAGAGAGAAUUGCGAGUCGCUGAAUCGUCUGAUUAGCGACUUUGACAAAAACUUACAAAUGUUGAGCAAAAUUGGGGAGCAGCCGGAGAAUUGGUCAACCUUGCUUGCCCACAUGGUUUGUAUGCGUCUGGAUGCAGUGACUCUCCGCCAAUGGGAGACGCAUCACAACUCAAAAGAGGUUCCUUCGUACGAGAAAGUCAUGGACUUCCUGCGUGAUCAGUGCCUGGUUCUACAGUCCCUCCUUUCUAACAAUGUGCCUGAGUCCGAGUUCCGUCGAUCCAGAACAACAACGACCCAUCUGUCGUCACAACCUCGAGGAGGUUGCGUAUUUUGUGGCGAGCCUUUCCACAAGGUGUAUCAGUGUCGAAGAUUCCAGAAUUGGUCAGUAAACGAGCGUUUGUCAGAAGUGAGAAAGCAUCGCCUGUGUAUUAACUGCUUCUCAACUGAACAUUUUGUUGAUUCUUGUUUAAAAGAUUCGUGCCAACUCUGUCGGGAUAAACAUCAUAUUCUUUUGCACUUCGACAAGCCUAGCAAUUUCGCGCGACCUUAUUCCUCCUCCGUUCCACAAAGACGUCGUAGACCAAGUUAUGCCAAUCAAUCGCGGGUGAAUCAAAAUAGACCGAACUCACAAUACCAACCACAGCACACACCAAAUCAGGCACCUCCCCAAGCAUCCACUUCCUACCCAGUUGUUCAAUCAUCCAAUCCACAGCUUAACCCACAAGUCACCACCGAUACUCUUAUUUCGCACACUUUUGGAACCACUCAAAGGAGUGAAAGCUUUCCUCUUCAAGUUCUGUUGUCGACAGCAGUUGUUCGUGUAGUUGAUCGAUUUGGAAAUCACACAUUUGCUAGAACCCUACUUGAUUCAUGUUCAGAGUUCUGUUAUGUAACUAGCAGCUUUGCUAACAAACUAAACCUCGUUGAAUUCAAGGAAACUUUGACAGUUCAGGGAAUUGGUAAUGCCUCGGUCACCUCCACAAAAGCAGUAGAAGCAAUCAUUGAGCCUCGUUUACCUACACUUUCUAGCUAUCGCGAAAAUAUGCAUUUCCACAUUUUACCCAAUAUAACUCGCACAUUGCCCGUAAAACCCGUUCCAAUUCAUCGUCAAAAUUCAUUGCCUGAUGUUGUUUUAGCGGAUCCAGAUUUUUGGAAACCGGGCCCCAUUGAUAUGAUUAUUGGGGCAGAGUAUUUUUAUGAGUUGUUGUGUGAUGAAAGUCAUAAAGUCGCUGAUAAUGGUCCAGUUUUACAAAAUUCAGUAUUCGGUUGGAUAGUGUCCGGGAAAGUGUCAGAAAAACAGUCCGAUUUAGUUGUCAGUCUAGAGGGGCCUGACCAGUGUGGAUCAGGUGCGCCUCGAACGUGUCAGAGUAGUACAGCUACACUUGUCAGUUCUACGGCCCAACUUGAGGAAUUAGUAGCCAGAUUUUGGGAGCUCGAAUCGUGCCAUACUAAAAGCACCUAUUCCGUAGAAGAGACGGCUUGUGAAGAGUACUUCAAGCGCACUAUAAGCCGAGAUUUAGAAGGGAGAUUCAUUGUUAGUUUGCCCAAGAAACCUGCCAUUAUACGGCAACUUGGAGAAUCUCAAAACAUAGCGAUGAGGCGGUAUAUAAGCCUUGAAAAACGGUUGAUUGCGAAUCCCGAACUGAAUUCAAUGUACACCGAAUUCAUUCAUGAGUAUCUCUUAAUGGGUCACAUGAGAGAAGUGCAAGAGAGUCAGAUUUCACCUCAGAGUUUGUGUCAGGGUUCAAGUCAGAAUUUAGAAGGACAGAAUCAUGAUAGCGUUGUAUACUAUAUGUCGCACCACGCAGUGCUGAAACCGGACAGCACCACAACGAAACUACGAGUAGUUUUCGAUGCAUCGUGUCGCACCUCAACCGGCGUUUCGCUUAACGACGGUUUGAUGGUGGGCCCAGUUGUUCAAAACGAUCUGAUGUGCAUCAUCCUACGCUUCCGUCUGCAUCGGUACGCAAUCAGUGCAGACGUUGAGAAGAUGUACCGGAUGGUACGCGUACAGAGUCCGGAUCAGCACCUCCAACGCAUUUUAUGGAGAGAUUCGCCAAAUGAUCCAAUUAAAAUUUAUGAACUUACUACAGUUACCUACGGAACGGCAAGUGCUCCAUAUUUAGCCACAAGGUGUCUCAGAAAGCUCGGUGAAGAUAACAUUACAACUUAUCCAAUCGGUUCCAGAGUUAUCAUCGAAGAUUUUUAUGUGGACGACUGUCUAACAGGUGCUGACAGUGUCGAAGAAGCUAAGGCACUCAUCCAAGAAACAACUUCUCUCACCGAUUCUGCAGGUUUCAAUCUACGAAAGUUCAAUUCGAACUGUUCGAGCAUUUUGAAGGGCCUCCCCCGGUAUAUGAUCGAUAACCAGUCAGUAUUCGAACUCGAUAGCUCAAGUUCAACAGUCAAAACUCUCGGAAUGAAGUGGAAUACAACAGCAGAUGAAUUCUGCUUCAGUUAUCCUCAGUUGAAAUUCGAUAAUUGUGAGAUAACUAAGCGAGUUGUGCAUUCCGAUGUGGCGUGUUUAUUUGACCCACUUGGAUUAGUGGGACCUGUUGUUGUUCAGGCUAAAAUAUUCAUCCAACAUUUGUGGCGCAUAAAAUUGGAUUGGGAUGAGCCGUUGGAUGAAAAAAGUCAGCAGUUCUGGAUAGAAUAUCGGCAGAAUCUCGUUGCAUUGGCUCAAUUAUCAAUUCCUCGUUGGGUCGGAUUCAGAAAUAGUCUUGUGUCAGUUCAGUUACACGGAUUUUGCGAUGCUUCAGAACGUGCAUACGGGGCGUGUUUGUAUUUACGAUGUGUGGAUUCAAACGGAUCCAUUUUAGCACGAUUGAUAACUUCGAAAUCGCGAGUUGCACCACUCGAAAACCUGAAACGAUCGAAACGCAAGACCUCCAUUCCACGCUUGGAGCUAUCAUCUGCUUUAACGCUCAGCCAUCUGUACGAGAAAUUUACGCACGUGAAUCCACACAUCAACGAAGCAUACUUUUGGACAGAUUCGAUGAUCGUCAAGCAUUGGCUUGCGUCUCCACCGUCACGAUGGCAAAUGUUUGUCGCAAAUCGAGUAUCUGAAAUCCAGCACAUUACAAAGAAUGGAAAGUGGAAUCAUGUAGCCGGAAUUGAAAAUCCAGCAGAUCUCAUUUCGCGCGGUGAGUCUCCUGACCAGUUGAUAUGUCAGAGUAUAUGGUUUGAAGGUCCCCACUGGUUAUCUCAAGAAGAGCAUUCAUGGCCCACCGAAAACGACCAAAGGUCAACAGAAAUAGAACCGUCAUUAUUAGAAGAGAAACCAAGUACUGCUCUUGUCGUCCACGAAGCUCCACGAAAUGAAAUUUUUGAUUUACAUGAUUCCUUUGUCAGUCUCACAAGAAUUGUCGCAUUGUUCAAACGCUUCCGGCACAAUUCGCAGAAGGUGAAUAGGGAUAAGAAAAUAGUCGGAAACCUCAGUCGGUUCGAAUUAUCGGAAGCAACGCUCACACUGGUUCGCUUAUCUCAAGCUGAAAGCUUUGCAGCGGAGUUAAGUGAUCUCGCAAGACACGGAGAGGUCAAACACUCGUCACGAAUUGCUGGUCUUGGUCCCUACUUGGAUAAAGGAGCCAUUCGAGCGCGAGGGAGAUUGAGGAAUGCAAACAUUGCAUUUUCGCGCAAGCAUCCAUGGAUCCUCGAUCACCGCCAUCAGCUUACCAUAUCCAUUAUGCGGGAUUAUCAUUUGCGGCAAUUCCACGCUGGUCAACAACUUCUUAUCUCAAGCGUGAGGGAACAGUUUUGGCCAACAAACAUAGCGAGUUUAGCCCGAUCCGUGAUCCAUUCAUGUAUUCCAUGCUUCAGAUCAAAACCGAGGGUUGUUGAACAAGUGAUGGGUGACCUACCUGCCGAGCGAGUAACCGAAUCAUCAGCGUUUUUAAGAGUUGGAGUGGAUUAUUGUGGCCCUUUUCUCGUCAGCUAUCCAAAUCGUAGAGCGAGUCCUGUCAAGUGCUAUGUGGCCAUAUUCGUUUGUUUGGUAACCAAAGCAGUUCACCUAGAGCUCGUCAUGGAUCUGACAACUCAAGCGUUUAUCGGAGCUUUACGAAGAUUCGUUGGACGUCGUUCGAAACCAAAGCUGAUCAUGUGUGACAAUUCCACUACCUUCGUCGGAGCAAGCCGAGAGUUAAAGGAACUAGUUCACCACUUCCACUCAAGUCAGUUUCAAGACACAGUUGUUAGAAAUGCGUCAGACCAAGGGAUCGAGUUUAAGUUUAUUCCGCCACGUACGCCAAAUUUCGGAGGCCUCUGGGAGGCACAAGUCAAAUCAUUCAAGAGCCAUUUUAAAAAAUCGGUUGGCUUGCGUACAUUGAGCGUCGAUGAAAUGAUAACAGCAUUGGCACAGAUAGAGGCUGUUCUCAAUUCAAGACCCCUUACACAGCUCACAAGCGAUCCGUCAGAUUUUGAAGCACUAACUCCAGGGCAUUUCCUUGUUCAACGCCCGAUGACAGCAAUUCCGGACAGAGAUGUCAUAGCAGUACCGACAAACCGACUUACUAUGUGGCAGAGAGCUCAACAACUUACACAGCAAUUUUGGAAAAAGUGGAGAACGCAAUAUUUGUCAGAUUUGCAAAAUCGUUCAAAAUGGAAAAAGCAAAGUCAGAAUAUUAAAGUCGGAAUGUUAGUAAUCAUAAAAGAUGAUAAUAGUCCUCCUCAGAAAUGGCAACUGGGUCGAGUUGAGAAAGUGUUUCAAGGGCAGGAUGGUAACGUCCGCGUUGUAACGGUUCGUACGCAAAACGGGUCCUUUGACCGUGGCAUAAGCAAGAUUUGUAUUCUUCCCAUUCGUGAAAAUGAAGUCGGCAAUGUAACCGAACCUAAUUCAGAACAGAAUGAGUCAGAACAAAUGUCGUUUGAAUAA